GGGUAGGAGGCCAGCCAGGCCAGAAGCUGGCAGAGGGCGGCGCGCUGGGACGCUGGGCGGGGAGGGCCGCUGUGCCAGACGCUGAGCGCAGCCGGGACAGGGCGCGGCCCGGGGCCGGAGAGCGCAGGGCGGGCCGCAGCUGGAAGGAACACUUGAGCUGGGAGAGGAGGCCGAGCUGGAGGGCGGCUUCCCGCGGGCCUGCGAUCCGGAAGCCGCCGCGGAGGAGGAGACAGGGACAGCGGGGCCGUCCGGGCGCUGUGCGCAUGCUGGGCUGGGGGCGCCGCCGGGGCUCGCGCCCUGGGCUGCUCGGCCACCGCGGCCCCGGGCGCCCGGCAUGUCGGUCCACUACACCCUUAAUCUACGCGUCUUCUGGCCCCUCGUGACCGGCUUGUGCACUGCUCUGGUGUGCCUCUACCAUGUCCUGUGGGGAAGCUGGGGCGCCCGGGCCGAGCCCCCCGACGGCGUGGACGGCGGUUUCCCACUGCUCAAGGUGGCGGUCCUGCUCCUCCUCAGCUACGUCCUCCUGCGCUGUCGCCACGCUGUCCGGCAGCGCUUCCUGCCCGGAUCUCCCCGUCUGGGGGGCCACGCAGCCUUCUCGAGACACUUCCGAGAGCCGGGCCUCAGCAUCUUGCUGGAGAGUUACUACGAGCACGAGGUGCGCCUGUCUCCGCACGUGUUGGGCCACAGCAAGGCGCACGUGAGCCGGAUCGUGGGCGAGCUGGUGCGGGCUGGCCGCUCCCGGGGGUCCCCCGGCCUCAUCCCCGGGGGAGCGCUGGCGUUGGCCUUCCGCGGAGACUUCAUCCAGGUGGGCAGCGCCUACGAGCAACAUAAAAUCCGCCGGCCCGACAGCUUCGAUGUGCUAGUGCCACUGCGCCUCCCACCGCUGGUGGCGCUGGACCCACGGAGCCUGGGUGAGGAGCUAGCGCUGGCCCCGGCCUUCCGCGGCUGCUUCGUGUGCGCCCUUAAGGCACCACCCUCACCCUCUGGGGCCUCGGGGGCCCACUGGCUUCGGGACUGCAAACCCUUUGCUGAUGGCUUCUGCGUGGAUGUGCGCGGGCGGCGCCACCUCUCUGCUGCUCUGGUGCUGCGCUGGUUCCAGUCGCAUCUGCAGCGCUCCUUGGCCACUGUGCGUUACAGUCUGGAGGGGCGCUGUCGGGUCACCUUGACCCCGGGUGGCCUGGAACAGCCUCCCACGUUACACAUCCUGCCCUGCCGCACUGACUACGGCUGCUGCCGCCUUUCCAUGGCUGUGCGCCUCAUUCCCGCUGUCCAUCUGGGAGACGGUGUCUUCCUUGUGGCGCCACCACCGCCACCCUUGUCCAGCGGGCUCCUCUUGGAGCUCCCUGGGGGCCUGCGCUCGGAGGCACUGUGGGGUGUGAAUACAGCACGCCAGGAGCAGAAGCUGCUGAGUUGGCUGCAGGAACGGGCAGCUCCAGGUGCCUGCUACCUCAAGUGCCUGCAGUUGCUUAAGGCUCUGCGAGAUCUGGGCGCCCGUGGGCUGGACUCAGCGGCCGCCACCCAGUGGGGACGCAUCCUGUCCUCCUAUGUGCUCAAGACAGCGCUGCUGGCAGUGCUGCUGCGCAAGGGGGCCCCUGGACAAAGCUGGGAUGAGGAGCACCUGGGAAAGUGUUUGGAGGAGUUGGUGCAGUUCCUUAGGGACUGCCUGCUGCGACGCCAUACGCUCUUCCACUGCGUCCUGGGCCCUGGGGGGGCGGCCGCCGAGGUGGGCCCCCUGCCCAAGGUACUACGGGAAGCCGCCCCAGUUGACCUCCUGGCCGCUUUCGACGGGCACGCCCGGGAACUUGCAGCAGCGCGGUUGCUGUCCACGUGGCAAAGGCUACCCCAGCUUCUCCGGGCCUACGGGGGUCCCCGCUACCUUGCCAGGUGCCCCCCACCCCGGAGUCAGCGCACCCAGGGCUUCCUUGAAGGUGAACCGUAAACCCUGACAGCACCCCCACCUGACCAAAUGCUCCUAAACCUUUUCCCACUGGGUGGGGGUGGGAAUGGUGGUGAAGCCAGUUAAAUGCGAGAUUACAGAAGGUAGUGGAAAAGUUGGUGGCUGCCUCAAGCUUUAGUGGCUUAAAUAUCACUUCCUCACUUCACAGUCCAAUAUAAUAUGACAUCUUCACACCCACUAGAGUGUUCUGGACAAACUAGGGGAAGACAUCCAACUGCAGCCCCAAGAAUUGGUUCAAAUGUGGUUUUGUGUGGACGGAUUCUGUAGCAGGAUACGGCUUUUAGAGAAGUCCAGUAGAAGCAAGAAUUAGCUGCAGGGGAAGUUUCUUCUUUCGGUUUUUAGACACAGAUCUCUCUGCCCAAAUUAAAACAAACAAACAA